UUUAAAGAUGGCGGUGGACGAAGAGAGUCUAGCAUCGCCGAUGGACGACGAUGGAAAUUCAGCCAAAAACCUUAGUUAUUCGGAAUUGAACGGAUUGACGUUUAACGAGAAAGUGUAUUGGAAGUCCGGAAGAGGCGUGGAAUUCGGUCAGACGGUUCGAACGUCGGCCGGAAGAGCGGGAGUUACGACUAGCAGAAGACAGUUCUGUGAUCUGUUUUGGCAGCAUAAACUGACCACCACCACUCUAUGUUUUGUCUUCUGGUGUUUCGGCUUGUGUGUGGCGUUUCUUGGACCUACGCUCUUAGAUCUAGGAUGCAAAACUAGCACCACUUUCUCCACCAUGUCUUGGGUUUUUUUUAGUCAGUCCUUUUUCAUUCUUCUUGGCUCGGCCUGUGCGGGAGUUCUCUUACAAAAAUUUCCGGAUGACAUUAUGUUGUUCGUAGCAAUUUUAAUGAUGACUGCAACUAUGGCAAUCAUUCCUGUUUGUAAUGUUUUAUGGAGUUUAGCUAUUGUUUUGGCAUUAAUGGGCUUUUUCAUGGGUACAAUAGAUACUGUAGCUAAUGUGUCUAUGAUCAGCUUAUACGGGAAAGACGUAUCUCCUUUUUUACAAACGAUGCAUUUCUUCUAUGGAGUCGGUGCCUUCGUAAGUCCGAUGAUAGCUCAACCGUUCUUACUAAACGAGGAUUGUUCACGAUUCAUCGAUAACACUACUAAAAUCACAAUUAAAGACGAUAACGAAACUUAUCCGGCAGAGACACUAGAAGAUGCACAAAAGAAAACUCAUAUCAAUUAUGCAUUUUGGACUAUGUCUUUAUUUAUGGUUCCGGUCAUAUUUCUUUCUUUAUUACUCGUUACCCGAAGAUGUUUUCAUAAACUGUUAAAUAACGAAAACCAUAAUUCAUUUGCGGAAAAGCAGUACGAGAAUAUGGGAGAUAAAACAGCAGAAUCAAAGGAAAAUUUAGAAGAAACUUCGCAAGUGAAUAAUGGAUAUAUUGUAUUGGUGGCAUUUCUUUGUGCUGUUUUAAUGUUUUUAUACGAUGGCUUGCAGGCAACGUUCGGAGGUUAUGUUUAUUCGUAUUCGGUGAAAGGCCCGGUUAAAUUACCUAAAUACGACGCCGCAUAUCUAAAUGCACUCUUUUGGGGAAUGUUUGCAGCCGGACGUCUCAUUUCUAUCGUGUUGGCUACGAGAGUUUCGCCAACAAUUAUGCUGUUUGGAAAUAUUAUUGGAUGUACAUUUGGUGUUUUGAUGAUAUUAGCAUUGAGGUAUAAUCAGAUUAUGCUUAUUAUUGGUACUUGUCUUAUGGGAUUCUUUAUGAGCAGCGUGUUUCCAACAGCACUUUCUCUAACAGAAAAAUAUAUCAAUGUAACUCCCACCAUUACUAGUGUGCUCGUGUUUAGUGCCGCUACUGGGGAAAUGUCGUUACCGGUUAUUGUAGGUCACGAAUUUGAAAGAAAGGGUCCAAUUAGUUUUUUAGUGAUUAGUUUAAUACUUUGCUUCUUAUCCGUCAUUACGUACAUGUCGCUGUGGUUGGCCGGAUCGGUGUCAACACCUUAUCAAGAGUUUAAAGUUGUUCAGUGGUGGAACAGUUGCAUGUCCAGACAGAAGCUGGGCAAAGAAGAAACGGAACUGAUGAACCAGCAAGUGCUAUAUUAUUCGCAGAUGCACAGCGACCUGUCUGACAACAGUCUGGCCGACCAAGACGCGAGCAUCAUGAGAAGCGAGCUUGUUCUGAAAGAUUAAAAUCGGUCCUCGAUUAUCGUAAAUUAUGGCAUAAUUGUCAUAAUCAUUUCCGUGCACUUUUCAGUAGGUCCAAACAAAUCUAUAUUCUUUAUAUUAAUGUUGUUUAUGAAUCUCAUCCCAUAGAUUAUUGCCAUUAUUAAAUAGGUAAACUUAAAUUUUGAGGAGAUAAAUUCCACCAACCAUUUUAUUAAUGAUGCAUGUACAAAUAAUUCAUUAUUUUUUCAAUCAUCAUUACUUACUGUAUAAAGAUUGAUCCCAUUUUUGAGAAUAGGAAACUUUCAAUAUAUUAAUAUACGAAGUGUUUGUAAUGUCGUUAAUUAGUCGGCUUUUAUUCAUAGAUGUACGUUAUUUUUCCAUAUAACUGAUUUAUUAAGAGCAUUUACAUGAAAAUUUAUAUAUUUUUUAAUGUACUUUUAAGUGCAUUUUAUAAUAUGCAUUAUACUUUUUUCCCAUUAUUCUAUUGCUGAUAACAAUCCUGAUAAACCAGUAUUAGAUUUUUGGUUUUACUUUUCUCCAAAAAUAUAAAAUAUUGUGGGAUAAUACUUUGUAAGGGAAAAUCAUCAUGGUUUUAAUUGAAUAUUUUGUUUUGUGUGUAUUUUGAAAACAUUUUUACCCUUAAGGUAUAUUCUUGUGUUAAAAGUAUUUUAACAUAGACUUUAGAUUUCAGACUAUUCUUCAAUUCUUCUAUCGAGGUAUAUAUUUUCGUAUAUUGAUAUCCAUUGCAUUUUCAGAGAAUCAAUAUUGAAAAUCAUUAUAUUCCUUUAAAAAAUAUAGUUGAAAUCAUUACAUUUACUAUUUAUUUAUAAAAUGCCUAAAUGUGGCCUAGUAUCCCGUUGUCCUAGAUAUCUUGUAACACAAGAUAAAUGCAGUAUUUGACGAAAGAACAAUUAUUCAGCGUUAUCAGAAAUGCAUUUUAUGAAAAGUAUCUUGAUGAUAAUCACAAAGAUCUUGGAUUGGACGAUUCAUCUUUCUUUUGUAAUAAUUAUCAAGUUUUGUCGGAGUAUAGAACUUUUAUUCCAAGCACACAAAAAAAUAAAAACGAGAUAGAGAUGUUUCAAUGAGAUGAAAUUAUAGUUGUUGUCAGUUUGGAUGCAUGAUGACUUUUGUAACAGAUUUUUUGUUACAAAUAGCUGCAUGGGAUGAUUAUCCUCUUUCUGGCUGUAGUUUCAACAUUUAUAAUUUGACGAAUUCUUUGUUAAUACUGCAAUGUAACAAGGAGAAUUAUAAAGCAAAUUAUUAUUGAUAAAUAAAUCAAUAUUUGUAGCAGAUGUCAACAUGAAUUAAAUCAUUGUUCUAAUAAUUAUACAGUAGUAUAAUUCAUUUGCAUAAAAUAGAAGGCAAUAAUGUUAAAUUUCAUUAAUGUGCAUUCGGCAAAAUAGAUUUGAAUUUAUAUGUAUACUUUUGUUCAAGUAUUUAUAUAAAUUAUAACAGUUGAUGAUACAUUUUCCAGUAAGGCAUUACUAAGGAAGAGUAAGUUUGUUGAAAUUUUUCAUGUUUAAAUACUCUUGUUAAUUUGAUUUUGUGCUAUGACUUAAUUGGACUGUUAGUGUACUAAUCUGGCUUUUAGAAAUCCAGUAGGCUGCAUUUGUCACCUACAGUUUACUUUUCAUCCUAAAUAUUACAUUAUUAUACAUGGUAUCCUAUAUUUAAGCUGAAACAGAUUUAAGUGUAUUGGUUAAAUAAUGGAAAGUUGGGAACAAAAUUGUAUUUAUUUAAUGUUUUAAGUAUGGUAUAUUUUAUACAAAGCCUGUGUCCAGAAAUCCAAAUCACUUCUGGGCAUAAGCUUGCCA